AGCAGGAGCAGGAGCAGGAGCAGGAAAAGAAGCCCAGCAGUUCCUGCAGAUUGACCCCCUCUGGAGGCUUUGGGGAUCACCAGAGGAACUGGAUCUUGGGGAGUUGUUUGCCAAUGGGGCCAGCUGUGGGGUGAAGUGCAGGAGAUGGAACAGCGAGCCAGUAAACCGCCCAGAGAGAAACUGCACAAAGAGGAGAACGUGGCGAUUCCAGGUCCAGCCUGAUUAAGAGGCUCAACCCUCGGAAUUUCUCUGGAUCCAGAUGCCCGGGGCUGCGGGACGGGCCAUCGACGAGAUGACGCCAGAGGGGACGCCCGGCCCCCACGAACCACGACACUGACCGCUGUGGCUGGGAUGUGGGAAGGCAGAAACGGGCAACUGCUCCCACUGCCAUGGCCACCGGCUGCUCCCCGCUGCCCAGCCCCUCCCCCCAGGAAAGCUUGGCCACCGCAUGCCACGGCCACGUGCACCUCCGCUGCCAGCCGCUGUCCCGCAGCUCAUCCAGCCUGCUGGGGCCCAGGCCGGCCGAUGCCCCGGAUGGGCCCGGCAGCCAGACGGAGCUCAGGAAGAGCAUCAGUAGCACGGUCUGCCGGGGCUCGCUGGGGCAAGGAGAGCUCCAGGGAGAGCUUGGGCCCGGCCUGCCCCUCAGCACGGUCACGGCUGUGGGACAGGAGGCGGAGGAGCCCACCGGCAUGGCCGACCACGAUCCACCCGGGGACUGGUCCCCCCGAGCCUGGGGAACGAGCGGCCUGAGAGUCCAUGGGAAGAGCAGCACGGAGCAGAACGUCACCCCCGAAGGCGCCGUGCGGAGGAGUCACUCGGACCUCACUCACGCGGGCAGGACCCCUGACACCAUCCCUGCCAAGGAAGCCAGUGCCAGCUGCUCUGGUUUGGGCGCCUCGCCGGGGGCUCUGGGCUGCCACGCAGGGAAGUGGUGUGGUGGGCUGAUGGGACGUGAAAACAGAAACCAGCACCUUCAGAUGACCCUCCCGCCGGGCCCUAAUGCCCCCACCAGCCGGGUGGCCGGUGGGUCUGCCCCGCCAAGCGCCACAGGGUACAGUGACCCGGGGGCCCGACUGUCUGGGAACAGCUGUCUCCAUUCACUUAUGUUCCCGCAAGGCGGUGGGGCCUAUGGGGCCCUUCCCAAUGCCCCAUGCCCAGCUCCCAUCCUGCCAAUCCACAGGCUGGCCGCCGCUCCUUGCCCCACGGGGGCAGCCAUCAAGGUCGGUGACACCUAUCCCGCGUACUGCCAUCCUCUCCCGAUUCCAGCUGUGCAGCUCGUGCCCCAGCUGGGAGGCCCCGGGAGGGACGGGCCCAGCCCUGGCUGCUGGCACGGCCCAUCUCCCCUAGAGUCACCACCAUUUCCCCAGCUCGUGUCUUCGGUCAGCGAGCCCGGACUGGGCAUCGGGCACCUGGCCACGUGCUGCGUCUCGGCCGGGGAGUGGCCCGUCUCUGGGCACGGUUCCUCGCGGGCCCAAGUGGCUCCCUGGGAGAUCCCAGCGGGUCCGGCCUUGGAAGGGAGCCAGCCGGGGAUGGGUCCAGCAGCCAGAACGAAAGACGUGUGGACCAUGACCUCCUCGGACGACUUGUCCACACGGUGCCGGGACGCGGGCGUGCAGACCGCCCCGCUGCCGGCCUGCAAGUCGGUGGGCACCAGCCCCCGGGCGGAGGGCUACGCCCUCCCUCACGUGUUCCCAGAGGUGAACCUGGAGCCGGGCCCGGCCGACCCCAAGUCUCCGGUGCGGGACGUGCGUUGGGACAAUGAGGGCAUGACCUGGGAGGUGUAUGGGGCAUCCGUGGACCCCGAGGUCCUCGGCCUGGCCAUCCAGAAACACCUGGAGAUCCAGAUCGAGCAGUUCCAGCUGGAGCCAUCCGAGGGGGCUCCGGCCAGCCUCAAGGACGCCCCGACCAAGGAGGCCAAGAGGAGGCCAUUCCGGACCGUGAUCCACUCUCUGAGCCGCCCCAGCUGCUGCGCCCGUUCCAGCACGACCCUGGAGUGAGCCGCAUUGUCGCUCCCCCAUUCCCGGGUCUCCUGGUUGGGUCCCUCAG